GAUCAUCAAAGCAGGCAAGCGACAAAGGGAUCAACUGUGUAAGGCUGAAACAUUAAAAGCAGGCAAAUUGCAGAAAGCUGCUGAGAAGAAAGAUGACCAAAGUGUUCUUUUACAUAUAAAAGACAAAGACUGUGUGGCUCUGGAGGUGCGGUACCACAAAAGCUGUUACAGUCAGUAUUGAUUUUGCGUGCUGACAAGAAGUUAUUUUCCAGGCUCCUCAUCCUUGGCCAGAGCAGGAAAAUUGAAAUGAGGGAAAUUCUGUCAUAUUCCUUGGGAACUGUGUCAUAUCCAUUAGCAAGUGCUGAUGGUUCACUUGCCAAAACAAACAAAUCAGCUCUCAUGGAUCUAUUGCAGAGCAAAGGUGGAGAGUGCUUGGUUGACAAAGUUCCAAUAGGUGGUGCCAUUCUUUUUGAUGGCAUGGCAGUCAUGCAGGCCAUGCCAUCCAGACCAGCAACAUUUGGAGAGCUUGCAGAGACCAUACUGCAGAGCAUACUCCAACUUGCUUUGCAUCACAAGUGUACACGCAUUGAUUUUGUCACUGACCGGUAUCCACCCAUCAGCAUCAAAAGCCUAGAACGGUCCCGUAGAGCUGAUGCAGGGUCACAACUAAUAACAAUCUUCAGCCCAGAUCAGAGAACUCCAACCCAGUGGAAGAAGUUUCUCUCUGCCGGAAAAAAUAAGGAAGCACUGGCCGAAUUCCUUUAUGUGGCAUGGACACAUGCAGACCUCACAACAGUGGGUAAAAACCUCAGCUUGUACAUUGCCCAUCAAAAUCAAUGCCACUGUGUAACUGUCAUGGAGGGUGUACAGUCUGUUGAUGUUGUUGAAGACCUGCAGUGUGAUCAUGAGGAAUGUGACACACGGGUGUUUUUACAUGCCCAACAUGCUGCACAGGAGCACAAAGCUGUCAUCAUCAAGAGCUCGGACACUGAUGUGGCAGUCAUUGCUGUAAGUCUGCAGGCAGAUUUGCCAUGCAGCUUAUAUGUGUUCACAGGGACUGGCAACAGGACACGGAUCAUUGACAUUGCCAUGGUGUCAUCAGCUCUCGGAACCAGUGUGUGUUCAGCCUUGAUUGGAAUUCACACGUUCUCUGGGUGUGACUCCACAAGCGCUUUCUAUGGCAAAGGCAAAAGAAAGUCAUUUGCUGUUGCAUGUGAGAAAGAUGACUACCUUAAGGCUUUCAGAAGUUUAGGUACUAACUUUGACUUGGAGCAAUCAACAUUUGCACUUCUUUGCCGGUAUGUAUGUCACCUGUAUGAUCAGCCAGCAGCCGAACAUGUAAAUGAUGCUAGGUACAAGGCUUUCUGUAUGGCAUCAUCGGCCUUGCCAGAAUUAAGCAUUCCCCCUACUCAUGAUGCCCUCCAUCAGCACUGCAAAAGGGCAAAUUACCAGGCAGCAAUAAUGAGGUCCUGUCUCAAAAGAGAAAUGAAUGCUCCAUCACCUGCUGGAUAUGGUUGGGAAAUAGAGGAUGGGAACUUACACGUCACCUGGAUGACAAGAAAUCCUGCCCCCUGACAGUGUGUUGCAUGUGAUACACUGCAGCUGCAAAGAGUCUGCCUGUGAGAAAGGCAGAUGUUCAUGCUUCUCUGCAGGACUCUGUUGCACAGACUUAUGUCGUUGCUCAAAUUGUGCAAAUAAAAAAGAAACAGAGGAAGAGAACGAUGACUGCCCUGACACUGACAGUGAGGAAUAGGAAUAAAAGAGCCUUCUUUCCAUCUUUCUUAAGCUCUUUUCUGUUCUUUUGGUUUUAGUGCCUGGCCGACGCGCUCACACAUCACUCAUAGAUACGUUUGUUUUUGGUACUAGAACAGAGUAUAAUCAGCAGGACUCUUUUAACCAGCUGAGGCAAUCACAGCACCAAUCAGCCGCUCCGCCCAGCCUGACA